GGACCGGGCGGUACCGGGGUCUGGGGGUUGGACGCCGGUCAGUGGGCGAGCAGGGGAACGGGACCGGAGCGGUGCCCCCCGUGCUGGAGCACCCGUGGGCGAGGGCGAGACUGGACCCAGGUGGCGGCUGCCCCGUGGCUAUGGCACGGCAGCUCUGCCCCAGGACCCCCUCAAAGCCCCCCAGCAGACACCGUGCGGACCCCCCAGCAGCCAGGGGCAGCCCCGCGGGCAUCCCGAGCUGGCCGGGCUGGGGACGUGCGGCCGAGAGGAAGAGGAAUGGGAGGAAGAGUGCCCGAGCCCCUGCGGGGAUGAGGAGGGGGGGCCAGGAGGUGCCUGAAGCAGGAGCACGGGAGGUUCGCGGACCCAAAGGCUGCGAACCGACCGAAAGUAAAAGCGUCCCAGGAGGGACGGCGCUGGGGAGCAGGAAGGGGACGUGAAGGAGGCGCGCAGCCAAACACCAGCAGCAGAUCAAGGCGAGCUGCGGGACAGCGUGCCCACGGGUGAAGAUUGAGCUUUCCCAGUGAUUUUUGAGAGGUCACCGUGGGGCCGGGGGGAGGCAGCCCAGGAGCAGAGCCACCUUUGCACCCACAGCCGCUGCGCCCUGGCGCUGGUAACCCGGCUGGGCUGCUACACGCAGCACGACUGGCAGGUGGCGAAGAGCACGCGGCAGGUUUGGGGGACAGCCGCCACGAAGUGCCCGUUGGUUGUCUUCACCCAGAAGAUCUGGGGCACGGCUCCCUGCGUGGCUACGUGGUGAAUGCCGGCAGCAGAGGUCUCCAGAAGCUCUGGACCCGAAGCCCUGAUGGACAUGCGCUGGCACAAGAGGAAAUCUUCCAGUUCGGAGCCGCCGUGGGAGCAGCUCCUGUGAGCAGCUUGCGAGUGGGCACCUUUGGAGACCACAGCUCUGCCGUGGAGAUGUGCAUGGUGUCAUCGUGGUGCGGGGAGCCCCUGCCCGCCCCCGAGCCCACCUUGGGAGCUCGUGCUGUGUGCAGGGACAUGUGCAGGGCAUGCUGCAGGGCACCGGGAGCAGCGUUCUCCAGGGCUGCUCUGUGCUCGGGGCUGCUGCGUGCCCGGGGCCAUGUGGGUACCGAACCGCAGGGCUGCAAAGGUGGGACGCUGGGGGACGUUGUCCUGUAAGAGCCCAGGGCCACGGUCGGGGGGAGCGGGGCUGCUCCGCGCCGUUCGUGCUUGGGGCAGCAGCAGCACCAUGGAAUUUUCUCAGGACAUUGCCCUUAGUCCUGCUCCCUGGAAUAGCGCAGUGGGAGCUCAGCACAUUUACGGGAAAAGCCUGUUUGCAGGACCUUUGGUGUUUGCAGCUGGGGCUGGGUGCGCCCUGCAGAGCAUGCAGCAAACCGCCCCCCACUGCUCCCCCACAGCUCCGUGCCCCCCAGGAGUGUCUCUGGGCUGUCCUUGCAGAGCCCCUGCCCCGUGAGCCUUGUGCCCAGCCCUGCUGCACUCAGCUCCCACCCCUGCAGCCCCAAACUGAAAGCUGGGUCCGGGCACGGGCACCUCCUGCCCAGGGACAGUCCUGUGCCCGGAGCCGUGGGUAGGUGCAGGGGCUUGGUGCUCACCGACUUUGCUCCCCAGUGCGCUGCGCGGCUCCAGAGUCACAGCUCAGCAGCACGGAAACCAUGCAGCAGAUCCCUGGGGGGCUGCUUCUGAACGCAGAGAUCGGGAGCAGCCAGCGUUGCUCACCCACGGGCGAAUGGUCCCUGGCCAAGCCCGCUGCUGGCUGGGCUGGCGCUGCAGGCUCGGCCUUCUCAAGGGCUUUGUCACAGCCUGCCAGUGGCCUUAUCCCCCAAGCCCAGCGGUAAAUCCUUCACCCUGCAGGUGUGUUUGCUCUCUGUCCCCCUGCAGCCUGUGACCUGGCUCCGGCAUCACCCUUCCUGCACUGACACUCCGGCAGAGCACGAUGGCGAGCGGCCCCCGGAAGGAUCACGGUGAGUGUCACGGUAAGUGUGCAAGGGCCAGGCACUGCCCUGCCCCAGAGCCCCCUCGCAGGGGGGAUCGGUGUCCUCGUGCCACUGCAGGGACCAGGCUCUCCAGGCAGUCUCCCUGCUGGGAGGGGUUUUGGGGACAGAGCAGGCGGGAGCACGGCAUGUGCUGAGCGGUGCCAUGCACAUGGAGAGGGGACAGGCAUCCCUGGGAUGGCGCGGGUAUCCCUGGAGUGUCACGGGUAUCCCUGGGGAGGUAAGAGCAUCCCUGGGGUGGCACAGGCAGCCCUGGGGUGGCACAGAUGUCUCUGGGAUGGCACAGGUAGCCCUGGGGUGGCACAGGCAGCUCUGUGCCCCUGUGCCGGGCUGUUUCCAUGCAUGACCCACCCCAGCCAGGGCUUUACACGCUGCUGCUCUCUCGCUGAGCCUUUCCCCUCGCUGAUGCCAGCAGGCCAGGGGACACAGGAGCACAUGGGGGAGCCGGAGCUGCGCCUGGUACUCGUCGGGAAGGCCGGUGGAGGGAAAAGCGCAACGGGGAACACCAUCCUGGGGCAGGCGGCCUUCGAGUCGCACCUGGCGCCAUGGGCGGUGACGCGGACGUGUGCCCAGGAGAGCCGGCUCUGGCAGGGCCGCAGGGUGGUGGUCACCGACACCCCCAACAUGUUUGACUCACUGGAGCACAGCGCCCGGUCCUGCUACGAGCUUGCCCGCUGCCUGCUGCUGUCGGCGCCGGGGCCGCACGUCCUGGUGCUGGUGACCCAGCUGGGCCGCUUCACGCAGGAGGACGAGGAGGCCGCCCGACAAGUGUGGCGGGUGCUGGGGCACGAGGCUGCGAGGCACACCGUCAUCCUCUUCACCCGCAAGGAGGACCUGGGGGGCGGCUCCCUGCAGCACUACGUGGCGCACCCCAGGAACGCCGCCCUGUGGGAGCUGCUCCAGGCCUGCGGGGGACGGUGCUGCGCCUUCAGCAACCGGGCGGCCGGCGCUGAGCGCGAAGCCCAGGUCGAGGACCUGAUGCUGCUGGUGCAGCAGGUGCUGGAGGAGAACCAGAACGCCCAUUACACGAACGAGCUCUACUCCCAGGCCACGUGGCUCCUCAGCUGCAACAACGUGGAUUUCGAAGAGAAGUGCAAGCGCCUCGCAAAUCAAGUGGAGCAGCAAUUGCACGGCCAACAAGGAGCAUCAAGAGACGGGUGCCUGGGGUGGCUCACGCGGUGUGUGCAGGGGCUGCGGUGCACACGAUGCAUGUGGUUCCUGUGCUGCUGCUGCCGCUUCACCGGGGCAGUGGUCCUGUGCAUUGUGCACUUUCUGUGGCAGGCGUGCCUCAGUGGUUGGAGGGCAGUUGUCUGGCUGUACAACCGCUUCUUGCGCUAGAAGCAAGAACAGAACUAGAAUACACUGUUCUGUAUUUCUUUUCCCAGUUAAUUGCGCUGUGUUUCUUAACAGCAUGGCAAGCAGCUGAUUCCCAUUCUAACAGCACCGCAGUCCCCACAUGGGCUGUGCCUCUCGGCGCGAAACUGCAGCACAAAGCUUGCGGCUGCUGAGCGAUUUCUGCUUUGUCUCCAUCUCGAUGCCAGGGAUGUGCCCAAGGCAUUGCAGGGAUGGUUGCGGACCUGGGGACACGCAGGGGCAGAGCCAGGCAGCGCCUCCCAGGAAAUGCCCUCGUCCCCUGCAUCGAGCCGUGGGGCAGCCCUGGGUGCUGCCAGGAGAGCGCAGAGCAUCCAGGCGGAGGGGAGCAGCACCCACCAGAGGGGACCCGUCCCUGAGCAGCUCUGGGGGCAGCAGGGCGAGGACAGAACUGGUCACAUUCCCCUCACUGCCAUGGGCUGAGCUCACCUCAUGUCCCCGCAGGCUGGCAUGGGAUUUGGGGAGCCACCUUGGCCUGGCACGGGGCUGGGGGGUGGGGGGGUGAAGGACAAGGGGCACGGGGCAAUGGGCCCGGUGCCAGCUGGCCCAGCAGGGACAUCGAGGGACCCUGGCAGGGACACCAAGGGACCCAGCCCUUCUUCCUGCUGCCCUUCAGGUGCUGCUGCUGUUUCUCAGCGGAUUUGAGCCAUAUGAGCAGGUACCUGGGGAUCCACGUCCCUGAGGCAGGGCCCAGGGCAAAGAGCAUCCUAGGGACAGGUGGGACAGGUUGGUCACACGUACAGGGAUGGUGGAAGUAUCCCUGGCAGCAGCAGUUCUGAGCAUCUGAAACCACCAUGAACUUUGACAGGGAAGUGCCGUGACACAGGAUGAGAUGCCAUCCCAUUGCGGUUGUCCUCUGCCCGGACUGACGUGCUGUGGAGCUGCACACAGGCACAGCCUCCAUUUCUCAUGCACACCUCCCUGCCUUCAGGAACACGGGCUGCUCUGCACUUGUGUGCAGUUUCAUGUUUUGCUGUGAUCACAGACCUGUAGGGGGGAGCCCCGGGGGUGUGGGAGCAGGGGUCGGAGGUGUGAGAGCAGGAUGUGGGGCUGGAGGCACCCGGCGAGGAGCCCUGCGGUGCCCCGGCAGUGUCACUGCCAGCUCUGCAGGUGCCUGCGGAGCCAGGGAGCACCACGAGCGUGGGGAGAAAGAAGUACAAGAUAGUGGCAGGGAAAUUCAGAUUUCUCACUUGCAACCUUUGCAACACUUAAGAGGCUUGCAGGGUCUGUCCCAGCCCUGUGUGGUGUGCAGGGUCCGUCCCAGCCCCUGACCGCGAUGCAGGCUGCAGCUGCCUCGUCUCCUGCCCCUUCUUCUGUCAGGGCUCUGCCUCCAGUCAUAGCAGCAGGAGAAACUGCUUCAAAACUAAGCACAGAUCAUCACGGUAGUUAAAUAACUCUGAGGUUGGAUUGUUUCUGGAGGAAUUACAAGAAUUAGCGUUAUAGUUGGCUACACCUCCAGAGGUGCACAGAAUCGAAACCGAGACGGGGGCUGGUGCGGGAGGAGCCGGUGCUGCCCUGCUGCCAUGAGCACAGUUCUCUAGGCUGACACCGACGCCGUCACCGCUGUCACUUCCUGGUGGCUGUGAGCGUCCCGCGGGGACAAGGCGAACGCCAGCGCAGGACCUGCAGGAAGCGUGGCUGUGGCCAUCCGGCGUGUCUACAUGCUGCCCAGCGUCGGCGGGGGCUUGGAGAUGAGGCUGAUCCUGGCUGGGAAGGCUGGUGGAGGGAAAAGCGCCACGGGGAACACCCUCCUUGGGGAACGUGUCUUUGAGUCCAAGCUGUCCACCAAGCCAGUGACCGUGAGGUGUGAGAAAGCACAAGGGCACUGGGACGGCGAGGACUUCACGGUGGUUGACACGGCCGACAUUUUCAACCCAAGUGAUGCCAGUGACGAGGUGCACCAAGAAAUUAUCCGCUGCAUCAGGCUGUCCUCCCCGGGCCCCCACGCGCUGCUGCUGGUGACCCAGCUGGGCCGAUUCACCCAGGAGAAGGCGAAGGCCGCAGAGAGACUGCAGGACAUCUUCGGAGCUGAUGUUUUGAGGCACACGAUCGUCAUAUUCACCCGCGCAGAAGAGCUGGCGGGGCGAUCUCUGCACGACUACGUGUCCUGUACUGACAACAAAGCUCUCCACGAGCUGAUCCAGAGGUGCGGGAACAGGUACUGCGGCUUCAACAACCGGGCAGCUGGAGCCGAACGGGACCAGCAGGUCGCAGAGCUGAUGGGGAUGGUCCGCUGCAUGGUGCGGGCAAAUGGGGACAGGUACUACAGCAAUGAGAUGUACCUGGAGCCCAAUUUAACAGAAGGGAAGGUGGAGUAUCACAUGGCGAGGUACAGAGCAGGCAGGAUAAAGAAGGUGCGGUCCAGCUGAAGGACAGUUCUCCUGGCUUGUGUGCUGAUUGUCCUCAUCAUUAUUGUGAUUUCCCUGGGUUUCCUUAUUGCACGGCUGCGAUGAAUCCCAGCACCACAGAACCACUGAUCGCCUGGGGCUGGAGGCACCUCUGCACACCGCAUGUUCCAUCCCUGCCCAGGCAGGGUCCCCAGCGCUGGCUGCCCAGGACCGUGUCCAUUGGGUGUUGGACAUCCCCAGCGAUGGAGACCCCAGCGCCGCUCUGGGCAGCCUGUGCCAGCGCUCAGACACCUGCACAGCAAAAAAAGACUUUCCUGAUGUCUCACUGGGCAUCCCUGAAUAAAAGCAAUAUGUCUCCUGA